UCUCAGCUGACUCGAGCGAAGGCAGGGGACACCCUGGACAGGUCGCCUGUCUGUCACAGGGCUACAUAUACAGACAAACAGUCACACUUGCAUUCACACCUACGGACAAUUUAGAGUAAACAAUUAACCUCAGCAUAUUUUUGGACUGUGGGAGGAAGCCAGAGUGCCCGGAGAAAACCCACGCAUGCACAGGGAGAACAUGCAAGCUCCAUGCAGAAAGAUCCCAGGCCCAGGCUGGGAUUUGAACCGGGGAUCUUCUUGCUGCAAGGCGACAGUGCUAACCACUACCCCGCUGUCUACCACUCAUUCAAAUUGUUCAUAUGAAUUUUUUAUCACAUGUCUGUGUUAUGUUACAAUAUUAAAUCUGUGGUCACCUCAGACACCAGCCACCAUUAAAUGGUUUUAUUUUACAUAUUUAUUUUAAAGACUCAAUAAGGAAUUGACAAACUUGAGCCUUCUGGAGCUUUAAACUCCUACCAUUAGUUUUAAAUUCCUUUAAAAACACAAAAUAAAAUAAAUGUAUGUCUUAAUUCUUCACACAUUUUAUGUAUUUAUUCUGAUGAUGUCAAAGAACUGCUUGUAUAACCUAAACCAAAAAAAAACAAUUGGUUGCAAGGACAUUUUAAAAGCAGCAAUAAAAUGAACCAAGUUUGUUGUGUUUUAAAAUCUUUGUUGUCAUAAGAGAACAUUCUAGAAUCUUUAAAGAGGUGAAGGAGGUGAAAACUCUUCAGUUUGCUGAGGAGUUCUUGAGAGAAAGGUCACAGCAUUUUGUGAAGAGAUCAAACUACGACCACAAUGUUCUCCUGUAUAGGAAAACGCAGAAAGGAAAAAGUUAGUAAUCAGGAUUCCCCUGAUGGUCCAACCACCACAGUCUCAAGUCCAGCUGAAAAAAACCCCAAAAAGACUUGGUGGUUUGGCAGAUGGCUCUGUCAUGUCAAGACAACCAGGAAUCAAGUGAUUCAACUGAUUCCAAUAGAAGACACGGACGAGAUUGUUGACACCGGCUGUAAGGACUUGUCUCCUAAAAUCCCGGUCUUUGAGAUGGCCAUAGCAGAAAGUAUCAACGAAAUGGACCAGGAGGUUUCACCCGCCACCACCACUGCAGGGACGGCAGCAAGAAAGAUUGCAUGGGACACGACGGAGACGACGGAGGAGAAGAAGACACCGUGGUGGCGCCGGUUUUGUCAUGUUUCCUUAAGUGUCAACGAAAAGUACCAGGUUUCACCCGCCACCACCACGCCUGAAAUCCCUGUUUUUGAGACGGCCAUAGCAGAAAGUAUCAACGAAAUGGACCAGGAGGUUUCACCCGCCACCACCACUGCAGGGACGGCAGCAGUUAAGAUUGCAUGGGACACGACGGAGACGACAGAGGAGAAGAAGACACCGUGGUGGCGCCGGUUUUGUGAUGUUUCCUUAAGGCUGUGA